AAUCUUUAAUCGAAAGUGCGGCUGGCGAAGAAAAGAUUAAUCCCGACGCUGUGGUGCAGGGUACAUUCAAGAAGCCGAAAUUAACUCUUGUUAUCAAAUGUUCCACAGCUAUUCUUAGUGAAGGGAAUGUGAUCGUAGGUGGUGAUUUGUUUUGAAUGCAACUCACAUUAGACGAAGGAGUUGCCUUCUCUCAACAGCAUCAAAUUUAUGAUCGCCUCAGACUAGAACGAUUUUAAAAGCUAGAUGUGAAAGCUGCUCUGCAAAACGUUGAUUUGAUGCCAAAUGCAACCGUUCUGAACUGUUUAGAAAUAACUUCACAAUGCGGUAAUUGUUCUGAUGUGUGAUUAUCCACGGAUGGACCUGGUGCACGUCGGCUGAUACAUCAUUUACAAUCCGCGGUGAGACUGACGAGGCGGGACCGCAGACAGGAUGGUGGAGCGGUCGGACCGUGCCCCUCUGCUGGAUUGGGAGGAGGUUCCGUCAGCGGAGAAGCCCGGCGGUGCAGCACCGGCGGCAGCUCACGCUAAGGACCGUCUGUCGAGCCCCUCUAACACCCGUGCCUCAUCAGGAUGCUCCGCGCCGGGCUUUGGGUGGAGCAGCGGUCCGGGGGGUCCCACUCCCAGCAGGUCUGUCUCCAGCUCAGACAGCUGCAGCACCCCGCCCAUGACCUCCAGCAACCCGGCGGGCACGGAUGAAGGGCUGCGUCCCGACAAGGAGGAGCAUCUGUCGGAUUCAGGACCGAGGGAGGUGCCGCUGGAAGACAGGAUGGUGAAAUGGGAGGAAAAGGACCAGAUUGUGUCGGUUUUUGUGGUUACAUUCAACACCAGAUCAGGAAACAUGCUGGAGUGGUGUCUGCCCAAAGACAUGGACCUGGAGGGUGUGGAGUUCAAAGCUAUCGCCAGCGGCUCCCACCGAGUCACCACAGACUUCAUCUACUUCCGGAAGGGCAGCUACUUUGGCUUGGCCUGCUUUGCCAACAUGGCGGUGGAGAGCACGGUGGAGAGGGGGGCGAGGAUGAAGUCAGUAGGGAUCCUGUCUCCUUCCUACACACUGCUCUACCGCUACAUGAGCUUCCUGGAGCACCAGGUCAGGCUCCAGCUCCAGUCUCCAGGCCACUACUCUCCUCUGGAGGCGUUCUAUGAGGACAAGAGAGCGCUCCUGCCCCCCAGUGGAGAUGGUGUUGUUACUGCAGGUCCAGCCAAUGCCUGGGGAGCUGCAAUCAAUCACAGCAUGCACCCUGAGAUGAAGAUCACCCACCCAGCAGGAUGUAUGUCCCAAUUCAUCCGCUUCUUUGGAGAGCAGAUCAUGGUGCUGUGGAAGCUGGCUCUCCUCCGCAGACGCAUCCUCAUCUUCUCCCCUCCUCCUGUGGGUGUGGUCUGCUACAGGGUCUACUGCUGCUGUUGCCUGGCAAACAUCUCCAUCCCUGGGGUCAGCGUGGCCGUGCCUGAGUUCCGCCCCUUCUUCUAUGUUAAUGUGGCUGAUAUCAGUGCUCUGGAGAACGAGCUCUCCUAUGUAGCAUGUACUACUGAGAAGAUCUUUGAGGAGAAGAAGGAUCUGUACGAUGUGUAUGUAGACAAUCAGAAUGUAAAAACCUGCAGAGACGGCCUGAAGCCUCUGCUCCGACUCAGUACCGCAGACCGGGAGAAAUAUCGCAAACUCACAGAGCAGAGGCAGAUGUUGCUGUACUCCCAGGAGGAGAAUGGAGACUGUGUGUCCAGUGAAGAGGAUCUCUUUAUUCUGUUUUUCCUGGAGCAAAACAACCGAAUUUUCCAGACCCUGAGUGAGGUGGCGGGAAGCCCUGAUCCCACUUUGACACAGGAGAGUGUGAGAGCCAUGGGUCUGGACCCCCAUGGAGACAGGCUCUUCCUGCUCCACCUGUUGGAGAUCUAUGGCUAUGACACCCUGCUGGUGUCAGAGCAGCUUUGCUGCAGCUGAGAGACAACUGAUGGCAAGCUUUUCUGCUUUCCAUCACUGCUGGUUGUAAAAGGGAGUUGAUUUGCCUUGAGCCAACUCUGUGUGCUGCACUACUGGCUUCUUGGAGUCUUAAAGACAGUUUGAGCCUCUAGAAAUUCCUCCAGUAUAACUUUUUUUGUUGUACAUCUCCCUGUCCCUUGUUCACCGUGGUUCUGCUCCCUCAACCUGAUGGCAAGAGAAACGAUAACAGUUAUAUCUCAUGAGUAAUGUGGUCAAUUCUGCUUGAUACAGCCUCAUGGAGAUAAACUCACCAUGGAGUUGGAUUUCUCACUCCCCAGCAGGAAUAAUUCUUCAUGAGGAAUGUACAGUACUGGGACAUUAAGUUGAAUUAAUGGAAUUGAAUGACAGAGGAGAGGACUUCCUCUGGGUUAAAGGUAGUGGUUUGGAGAUUUUCAGUGAACAAAACAUGUACUGAUGAUUAAUGUAUGAAAGUGAAAGAGAGGUAGCCUUUCUGUAAAUAAUGCUACGUUUUUUCUUUGUGUACAAUGUGUCAGCGUAUGUGUGAUUUUGGGUCUGACUGUUUGCCAGUGUUACUAUCCUUGUAUCAAGUGCUGGAUUUAAACAUCCCAUUUUAAGCCUCUUUAUCUAAAUCAGGGCCUCCAUUCUUGAAAUGUGUCAUCACCACCAGAUCAAACCGCCUUUGUCUUCAAGAGCCAUGUCUGUAACCACUGCUGAUUAAGUGGAAAAUGACCAGUUGAUGGAUUUGGCCUAUCCAGUAUUUCCAUUUAAUGUUUUUUGCCUAUGCUGAAACCAAAUCAGAUUUCUAAUGAUGUCCAACGGGCAAAGGCGCAUAGAAAUGGCUUUAAUGCACAUUGUAAUAUGGGCCUGCAUUUCAGAAUAAGCUGUUACACAAAUAGUCAGAACACUGUUUAGGGGUUUCAAGCUUUUCUUAACGGUCCGGUUGUGUUUUCAGCUCAGCAAGAGAAAGACAGACAGGGAUUUAACUAGCAACUUCAGCUGAUUCUCAGAAGGAAUGGGUUUAAACACAAUUCGAUACCUUUUAAGUCGUCCAUAUUUUUGACGCACUCUCAGCAGCAUAUAAGUUAUUUUUAGCUCCUUUAGCAACAAAACUGGAAGGGUAUCUUAUUCUUGUCGCAAGUGACAUAAAAGAAACGAGAUCACAAGUUUCAAGAAAUGUAAAGCGGCUAUAAUCAAUAUUAUUUUUAUAUUAACAAUGUAUCAAAUGACAAUGUGAGAACACUUUGAUGAUGUGGAAUGGGUUACCUGUAGGUGAACCUACAGAGAAUUAUCACAUGAUUUGGCAGCCAUUAAUGCCAAAGCUUUAAAAUCCCACUGUUCACCACCUGCUCAGCACCAAACACCAGACACGCUUAGUGACUAGCUGGUGAACAUAAUGUGUAUUUACUAGCUUAAAAGCCAGCUCUUAGAUUUUAAUGUUAUGUUCACAGCCUGUUUCCUGUUACCCACAAGUGACCAAAAAAAAUUGCAUUCUUUAUUGCAGUUUAAAAGGUGCAUUAUUAAUUGUUUUUGGCCACUAGGGGCUUUAAAGAGCUUUAAAAUGACAGCUACUACUUUUACAGUGUUAAUGGUGUGAACUCCUCAGUAAACAAUUGCAUUGUUACGCAUCCAGUAUUCACAGAAAAGCAUUAGCAUUCAUGUCGUGUCAUGUCUUACGUUUGCUUUUUAAACUCUACUUUGGUCUUCACCAACUCUUGAGAAAAAUAUUUGAGUUAUUAGCUGCUAGCUGUUCAACAUUUUUCAUCAUGUCUGUUGUUUAGUGCUGGGUAAGCAACACACAAUCUGUAAACAGUUCAUUGUAACUUCUUGCUAAAAACAACUAGAUGCUGGGGACAUGGUUUGAGAGCAGUCACACUGAACCAUACAGUAAAUGUCCAAUAAAAUCUUAGAGGCUAAAGCUCAAUAGAACAACAGAGAUUAGACCCUUUCACAUUACAUGUUGUCAUUUGAGAUUCUGUUAUUAUAAAACAUAUUUAUUAAUGCAGCUUUAAGUGUCUCCCCUUUGUGGGACAUUUUCAGUCUGAGCCUGCAUUCAUGCAUAGAUCAGGUAUAGUUCAUGUGAAACACCGAGAUCAGUGUCUGCGGGAAAUUUCUUUAAACUAACAUCAUUUCAUCACCGACACUUGAAAAUACGUGUGCUGUAAAGUAACAUCUCUUUAAGUCAAUUGUGGUGGUAUUUGCUUCUGAAGUUUUCUUCCCUCUGACAGAAACAUGCCACACAGUGCGAUAAUCUGGUGCUUUGGUCUUGAUAUAUGCUGAGUACAUGACACAAACAAGAGAGUUUGUGUUAGGAUACACCCCAAGUCAUUAUGUUUCACAGGGGUCAUUCUUAUCCAUUUCAUUUUUUAUUUAUUCUUUUUUUAUUUAGUGUGUUUAUGUUGUUUAGCUGUAAAUGUUUGAGUGUAAAUAUUCUAUUGCUGUAUCUAUCUGUGAAGAAAUGGGAUCAGUUGAAUGUGUUUUAUAAGACAAUAAUGAUCCCAUUGAGCCUGUGUAUCACUGAAAUCAUGCAAUCACGCUCAACUGUCCACUGUAAGAAAACAACUUUAAGCACAUUUUCAUGACACCUUAGUCAAACCUGUACAGAGAAAACAUCCUUGUAGUUGAAGGUAUAGUCUGACUCAUGUUAAAACACUUUCACUUUAUUUAUUUUACUGUAAAACAUUUCAGAAAUAAAGUGCAUAGCCACUUGUAAAGAAAA